AUGGGCCUGGUGGGUUGUGAUAACAAUCCGAUCGCCUCAGAUAACUCCACAGCCGAGAAUGCAAUGAAGCUGCCCUACCUUCUCGAGAUCCAAGGAGGCGAGGAACGCUUGAUCCGCAAAAUUGCGAACCAACAAACCGGGCUGGGAGACCUAUUGGCUGGAGGAGAGCUGCGUUCAUUCGUCCAACACCAAAAGAUGGAACUCCAGGAUGACCCAGAGAGUAUUGGAUCGUACGUCUUGGAAGCCGGUAAGCCGGGCAGAGAAUAUUUAACAGAUGGCUGUUUCGUCCGGAACUUGGAGCUUUCAGACCUCCCUCUUUCCUUUUUUGGACGCUCAUUCGCAGCCCUAAAACCCUAUUUUAUUUUCAAUUCCUCGAACAUGGUUCCACAAGAUACCGCUGCGAAGAGACAAAACUCAUGCGGCAUGGACCCAGAUACAGCAUCGUACGUGAUCUUCGAGAGCUGGCCGACUGUGUUAUAUGUUCUUCUCGCUUUUGAUAGAAAAGUCGACUUAUUCAAGUUCGGUUCCUUCGACAAAGCGACUUCCCAAUUCUCAUCUGUCUUCAACGCCACUGACAUUGACGGUCCGACACAGGAGGAGCUAGAAUCGAGAAUUGUGGGGAUUCAGAACGCUGCUAGGAGUCUUGGUUUUGAUUUACCGCGCGGCUAUCUAGCGCUGGAAAGAUGGGAGUUGGAGUGCUGGACUGUCGCCCAAGUUGGCGGAAGGUAUCCCUUUGAAGGAUCGUUCGGAACUCGAACCAAUUCACAUACAUGA